UAAUCGGAUGUAUUCGAAUACAUUCGUACCUAAGAUGUCCAAGACAAUGCGUGCAUGAAAUCACCAAUUUUCUUUGCAGAAAAUCCAGCACCAACACUUUAUUGCUGGCACAAGAAAACUUGGGAUGAUAAGGUGGUAGGUUCAGGAGAAUGGCAUUCAGCAAUAUUUUCAAGAAGGCCUCAAACUUAUUGGGGUUUUCUUCACCAACUAAUUUGAAGCCCCCACCACUGGAUGGAGAGAUAAUCUACUGUAAGAACAAUGUAUGUGUGCACCCACCAGCAACUUUAACUACUGACAAAAUGGAGCAUCACCAGGGAUAUCUCACCCUUAGAUCAACUAAUGACAAGAUUACUGGACCAACAUUGAUUCUAACAUGGAUUCCAAAUUCAACCCUCAGAAAAAAUACCAGAAGUAUUGAAAAUAGUCCCAACAGAUCACAUGGUGCUACUCCAAAAUCCAGUCCCAGACGUAAACCUCGUCAAGAAUACUCUAAAGCUGAAAAUAGUGCAACCACACCCACAACAUGUAUGACAGACUUGUCCCCUCUGGAUUCUUGUGUGUCUAUAGGUAGUGAUAUGGGUGAGAAAUUCCUACAGAAUACAGACAAGGAGGAAGAAGCAGUUGACGGUAAUUCAGAUUCUACUGGGUCAAAGGAAGAUAGUUUAGACAGCUUUACCCAGGUUAAUGAAAGUGCUAGCAAUGGAAGUAGUAGACUUGACUCAGGUUCUGCCUCAUUAGGUGAGGAAAGUGUACAGAACAAUGAAAGAUGCAUUAAUAAUUCAAGAAAAGUUAAAAUGGUUGGUCAGCAUGUCAAUGAUUUAUAUGUUGGAGAUGUUAGUAACAUUAAUACAGAGCUGAAUAAUUUGACACAACUUGCACUAGAAGAUGAAGUUACAACUUGCAAACAAAACAGUAUGGAAGAAUCAAAUAAGCACCAAAUGAAUACAAAUAAACAGAGAAAGCUGCGGACAAGUUCAGGUAAAUCAAUCAGUAUUGAAAUGGAUGGUGAUAGUUUAUGUGUAACCACUGAAGAGCUAGAUGAUGAAGUUCUGUCUGAACAGAACAAUAUAGACAGCAAGGAGAGUGAUGAAUGCAGUAAUUAUAAACCACACAAGUGUUCACAUGAGCAAUCUGUAAGCAGCAAUAAAGAUUCUGUUGCUGAAAAUAUAAUGAAUGGAGCUAACAUGAAAGAGAAAGAAAGAAAUGGCUCAGAAGAAAACUCAAGUAAAAAUGCACAAAGUGUACCACCUCAUCCUCAGAGUUUAGAUCUUGUAAAUACAACAGGAGCCACAGUUGGACUAAUUGGCAAUGAUAUGGUAGCACCUGAUAUUUCAAUUACAUGCCAACGAUAUUCAUCUGAUUCCUCAACCACAACGUCCGGCCCUGAUUCAGAUCCACCAAGUCCAUACUCCUCCUCCCCAUCAUCAUUACAGCUAGAACCAGUCAUUUACCUUGACACACCAUCAAGUCCUGAGUCACUCUCAUACAAUCUUCAGUUCCCAGAAAAUGCAGUGAGUUCUGUGAAAGAUAAAGAUAGAAAAUCAGCUAAAGAACAAAUUUGUGGAGUAUUCUCUGUUGAUCUUGGUUUUCCAGUGUCUGAAUCAAGUAAAGUGUCUAUGAAUCAUGUUACCCGAGGAAGGUGUUAUACAGCAUGGUGGACGGAGGAAUCUGGCAGACCAAACCCAAGUCUAAUGAAUGGUGUCAUUGAAAAUGAUUACCAGAUCAGAAAGGCAAUAUUUUUUGGUGGUUUAGAACCUUGUUUACGUCAUGAAGUAUGGCCGUUCUUACUGCACUAUUAUCCUUUUGAUUCAACAUUUGAAGAGAGAGAACAAAUACGUAAUGACAAAUACAUCGAGUACCAAAAUAUUAGAAAGAAAAGGGAGUCAAUGUCAGAGGAGGAGCAGGAAUUGUUCUGGAGAAAUGUUCAAUGUACAGUAGAGAAAGAUGUCGUCAGAACAGAUAGAAGUCAUCCUUAUUUCAAGGGAGAGAAUAAUCCAAACAUUGAAGUGCUCAAGUAUAUUUUACUGAAUUAUGCUGUAGAAAAUCCGACGUUUGGAUAUACUCAGGGUAUGUCUGACUUGCUAGCACCGGUUCUAGCUGAGAUACAGAAAGAGGUGGAUGCAUACUGGUGUUUUACUGGCCUCAUGCAGAAAACUAUCUUUGUUAGCUCACCUAAAGACUGUGACAUGGAUAAACAACUGCUGUAUUUAAGAGAGCUGUUACGUUUAAUGCAGCCUGUGUUCUAUGAACAUUUAGUACAUCUUGGCGAUGAUGCUAUGGAGCUUCUUUUUACUCACAGAUGGAUCUUACUGUGUUUCAAGCGAGAGUUUAAUGAGAAAGCUGCUCUACGUAUCUGGGAGGCUUGCUGGUCACAUUAUCAGACAGAUUAUUUUCACUUGUUUAUCUGUGUAUCUAUUGUGAGUAUAUACGGAGAGGAUGUGGUAGAACAGUGUCUACCGGCAGAUGAAAUUCUGCUACACUUCAGUAGUCUUGCAUGUCAUAUGAGUGGAGAACUUGUACUUAGGAAGGCACGAGGAUUGUUACACGAGUAUAGACGUCUGCCUGUUAUACCAUGUACACUUCACGGUCUCUGUUCACUGUGUGGUCAAGGCAUGUGGGACUCGGGACAUGUACCUACUGUAGAAUGUGCCGGCAACCAUCUGAACGCUGUGUGCCCAUACCUUAGUCCCGUCAACUCACCAGGAUCCGAAUGAAGACAAUACACUAUCCACUAAAAAUUUUAAAAAUAGGCAAUUUUGUGAACAUGUUUUAAGCCAUAAAUACUGAAUGUAAACAUCAAGUUUUUCCUGUAAUUAUUUCAGAAUAACAAGGGAUUGAUUUGACCGAAUGAACUGGCAUUUUUGGCCAUGUAAUUUUAUCAGUAUUUAUUUGUAUAUUGAUGUUUAUUAUGUUUACAUUUUGUUCAUGUUACAUGAAUCAUUGGUUUAUUUCAUAUAACAUGUAAGAUAAGAGUGAUUAUUCUAAAGCCCAUUUCACUAUCCAAUCUAUUUAUAGAUUUAUAGAAAAGAUGCUGUAUCCAAAUUAAUUUGAUAAGAACAUUUUGUAGAUUGCUAAGCAUGUCCUUAGAUCUUUUGUUUUAAUUAAUUGCUUAUUUUGCUAAGUCUAUUUUUACAUAUGUGACAAGGAUGUUGUUUAUUUAAAUGAUCUCAGAUAAAGCAUUCCGGUUUACCAGUACAGUUGUUAUAUAUAAACAUGAUAUUACAGAACGGACAUACAAGUAAAAUUGUCUGAUUCCUUUAUAAAUGUUAUAUUACUGUUACAGCUGUUAGGGGUAUCCGUGUUUCCUUAUAAAGGAUUUAGUAAUAUAUAUUUGUCUGAGGUAUAUGCUUCCUUUUAAAGGCUUUACCAUACAGCUCUCACAUGUUUUCUGGUGUUUUAGUUCACCGGAGAACAAAAUGCUCCCAGGUGAGAUUUAUUGAUGGGUUGAUGUCCAUCGUUAUCUGUUGUUUUCACCAAUUUAAAAAGACAAGUCUUGGUCUGCUGCAUAAGUAGGUCACCUUAGCUGAAAAUAUAUUUCAAAAAUUAAAUUUUAUCAAACAUCCUCUAGAAAGUACAAGGUUUAGAGGUUAGUCAUUUAGUUUGGAGCAUUACAUAACAGUCAACUACAGAGAUUGUGCAGGGGAUCACUGACUUUACAAAGAUUUAUAUACAUGUAGAAAAAUGUAUUUUAUUCACUUGGCUACAUGGCCCAGAGCUGGAUUAUUAAACAUGUAGCACUGCCUUGUGGUCAUAUACAAAGUAAUGUUGUGUCACAUGAAUAAAAAAUAACAUUGCUUUUUGGAACUUUUUAUUUCUCUUUCCAUUAUUUUGCUCACUUUGACAAUUAAAUGAAAGAUUUUGGGCUGAAUAUUUUUUUGUAAUCUAAAAUUUGCAUUAUUGUUAUUUUUUUUUUUUUUUUUUUUUCAACUUGUGUCAAAAUUCAUAUCUGUUUUACAUGCUAAAAAUCAAAAACUUGGAAACCGAUUCAUCAUUUAAUAUUCUUAUAUGUUGAAACAAGAUACUGCAGCCCUUAGGUUUAUAAAUGCCAUACCUAUAUUUUUUUAGAUAAAACUCUAGAAAAACUAUAUAAAUAUUAAUAUUUGUUGUGUCAAAGAUUUAUAUAAAUGUCUAUUGUCUGAAAAUCAUUUUAAUGUAUGGAAUUUUUAAUUUCCAAGGACUAUCACUACAGAAACAAAAUGCAUUUUCACAGAUCUGUAAUCAACUUUAUAAAUACUUUUUCAAUAAUUGAACAUUAGAUCUCGAAAUAUUACCUAUUUGUUUAAAAUCAGUUUUAUUACCUGAUAAUUUUUUUUUAGUUUUUCCUGUAAAAUGUAUUAUCAUAAACAUAGUUACUCCUCAACCUUUGAUCAUUAUUUACAUGAUUGUGAUGUAGAUUUAAUACAUAAGUUUAAAAAAGCACACAAUAUUUUUAAAGUUUAUUAUUGAAAGUAAAUUUCAACUUCUCUGUAUAAACUUUUUUAUCCUUUAUCUAAUUAAUAAUAACACUGAUUGUUUUACUACAUUGGAAAGUUUAGAAACUUAUGAGUUAACAUAGUGAUGUAUACCAUAUACAGCACCUGGCUUUAGUUAAAAAUAUAAUUGUCAUAAAAUUAGAUUAAAAGUUUUAAAGCUUUUGAUGUAAGUUCAAGUCAUGUCAGUUAAAAAACAGUUUAUUUAAUGUUGAAAUAGUUCAUAUAUAAGCAUCUGUUUAAUGAAAGAUAUUGUAAUAUCAUCAUCAAUAUGUGAUUAUAUACUCAUAUUAAAUCUAUGACAUGCUCAAACUACUGUACAACACUCACUCAACCAUUGAUAAAUGAACUAUACUCAACAGUCUCACCCCUCUCAGAUGUAUUUAUUUUAAUCAACAAUGUGAGUCAACUCAGAUACAAUAGUGUUAUACAACACAUGAGACUCAACUCAGAUGCAUUUAUUUUACUUG